AUGAGUGAUGAGUAUCAGUUCGAUGCUGCAGCUAGUAAUAACAUUGAAAUUGCAAAUACGGUUACAUCAACCAAUAGAGAUGAUACUGUGAAUAUGGCAGAAGAGAAUGGUGACGUUUCUAUGAAUACAGUCAAUGAUUUGGAAAAUGAUGUUGACAUCGAUGAUGAAUUCAAUGACAAUGAAGAAGGUAUGGUUGGUGAUAAUAAUUUAUUUGGAAAUAAUGACGAAGCUAAUAAUGAAGAGAAGGAAAAUAAUUUCAAUGAUAAUAAUCUAUUUGAACUACCUGAAUUCACGAGAAAGGAUAAGACAUUGAAUGAGAUAUUGGAUAUGAUGGAUGAUAAUCCACCUUUAAUCCCUGAUGCUGUAAUUGAAUAUUAUAUGACUAAAAAUGGUAUAGAAUGUUCGGAUUUAAGAGUCAAAAGAUUACUGGCCUUAGCAACUCAAAAAUUCAUCAGCGAUAUUGCUUCGGAUGCAUAUGAGUAUUCUAGAAUAAGAUCUCCUGUUGCUGUCAAUAAUGCAAACAAUGGCCAAGCAAGAGCCAGACAGUUAAUGGCAGCUCAACAACUUACUGCAACACAACAACAACAAAAUGAAAAAAAUUCACAAAGUAAAGUUAUUUUAACGGUGACUGAUUUAAGUUUAGCUGUAGCAGAGUAUGGUCUAAAUAUUUCAAGACCAGAUUUUUACCGUUAA